AUGCUCGGCUCUUCUAUCUUCGUCGCCCUCGCGGCCGCGGCCACGGCCGUCGCCUCGCCGCUCGACCUCAUCACCCGGUCCACGCCGGCCGGCCAGGGCACCAGCAACGGCUUCUUCUACUCGUUCUGGACGGACGGAGCCGGCAGCGUUACCUACAACAACGACGCGGCGGGCGCGUACGACGUGACGUGGAGCAACGUCGGCAACUUCGUGGCGGGCAAGGGGUGGAAGCCGGGCUCGGCCCACAACGUCACGUACAGCGGGACGUGGAACGGCGCCAGCGUCAACAGCUACCUGUCGGUGUACGGGUGGACGACGAACCCGCUGAUCGAGUACUACGUGGUCGAGAGCUACGGCAGUUACAACCCGUCCAGCGGCACCACCAGCCGCGGCUCCAUCACCACCGACGGCGGCACCUACGACAUCUACCAGACCCAGCGCGUCAACCAGCCGUCCAUCGAGGGCACCUCGACCUUCUACCAGUUCUGGUCCGUGCGCCGCGAGAAGCGCGUCGGCGGCACUGUCAACAUGCAGAACCACUUCAACGCCUGGACGUCGGCCGGCCUCACGCUCGGCACUCACAACUACCAGAUCGUCGCUACCGAGGGCUACGGCAGCAGCGGUUCCGCCAGUAUUACGGUCCAGGGCCCUUGA